UAUGAAAAAAUUUUGGCUAUCCUGUCAAAUCUGCCCAUUAAAGAAUUGGAUCGUAUCACAGGAUCUUAUUCUUGCAUUUUACAUUGGUAUAUCGUUAAUUUUACAGCUGCAAAGAUGUUGUACUUUCUGUCACCUUUUUUUCUAUCCCCAUUCACGGAUAUAACAGGGGGAAUACAUUCCCAUCAAAUGUUAGGACGCUGUGCGCAACAGGAGAUGGCAUUGUUGGACUGCUUGGAGGCAUACGGCUUUGGCCGAGGAGUCAAGAAAUGCUCUUACUUGAUCGACGACUUUAGGGAAUGCCAGACUCAUAUGAAGCAGUUCAGGAGAUUUUAUGAAAUGCGUCGUGAACGUGACCGUCAGAUUGCAGCGAAAAAGCUUUGCGGCGAUAAAAUGUACUGCUCACCUGUCGUUGAUAGCUACUGAACCUCUUCUGCAGGUCGCCAUCCGCAGCAAUCGUGGGCUUUGAUAAUUCAUUAAUGUUAACCUAAAUACUUUUUGUUGCUCCUCAUGUGUUGAGACGUUACAAAGAAUAAAUUUUCAAAAUUA